AUGGCAAUGGGAUGCGUAGCCAUUCUCGACACUAAUUCUACGGAGGGAUUACUCUCAAAGUGGCCGGUCAACAUGAAGUUUCUCUUAUGCGGCUUGGUUUGUAUUUUAACACUGAUUCAAGGUAAGUUGACUGUUAAUUUUCAAGACACGAUUAGCGAUAUACUCCGCUUUUAAGAUGAUGAAAAGACUCGCCAUUUCCAAAGGUAUAUUUUUAACUAGGGAUGGAAACCGAAAGCAGCUACCUCGACAAUACCUAUUAUAUGUUAUGUCUAACGCCAAAGCGAUUUCUCAUCCUGCUGAAAAAAUAGUGCACUUGAGAGGAUUGAAAAGCAUUCAAGGAAGCGUUUUGAAGGGAAAAAGUAAGGUCCUUCUCUGUGGAAUAACUGAUUUUAAAUGAAAAUUAUGCAUAUAUUAACGACAAUUUUUUAUUCGUCUGAGCCGUCCAUGGUCUUCCUGCUUUUUUCGGAAACAAGACACACAACUAAAGAAACCUAUUGAGAUAUCAAUAUGAUUAAACACAAGAAAAAAUUUUUGAAUCUAUUUGUGAAUGAAGAUGGGCAAUUGUUCGUAGAAAUCUUUCUCAUUCCUUUGUUCCUUAUGUUCGUAGAAUCAAAAUUAUAGCUAUUAUGAUCAAAAUGAGAGUUCCGUUAUGCGUGUGAACGUAUAACUGGAAGAGUACUUACACCAAUGUGGAAAGUUACCCAGGGUCUGCAUGUAUAAAUCAGAUUAUUCCUUAAGAAAAAUUCUGAAGGUUGCUUUUAAAACCAGUUCCUUUUUAAAUUCAAAUUUUGCAGUUCCGGUGGCAACUGCGGGAGAUGUCUGUGAUGAUCCUAGAGUUACAGUUACAGUCAAUUCUGGAGUGGACGCAAAACUUUACUACAACAGAUCAAAUCAUGAAGAUGACCAACAUUUUCGUGGCUAUCGUGCAUACGCACAUUCGUCCGUAUUUGCAUUCCUAAACAAAACUGGAUUAGAUGGCGCUUGUACUCAUCCAGUAAAGGAGAUUUGUUUGCAGGGGAAGGCCGAAUUUAAGAAGGUGAACCAAAGCCUUUUGAUGAUAGAAAUUUUCAAUGUCGCUGUCAAUGAUAGUGGCAAGUACAAAGUCGUGGCCCUGUUCUCAUAUACACAUAAUGAUACGGAAACAGAGAAAUGCUUACAAGUACACCAUCUAAAUGUAUCAGGUAAGCAAUGGAUAUGUUAG